AACGUAUUGAGCAACUUUCAUGUCCCAGGCUCUGAGAUGUGUACAGCAGCGAGGAUUCUGUGGUUCUCUUCAGAAGCUUACAAUCUAGGAUGGAAGAGAGAUGAGUAUAACUAGUUUAAAAUAUGGUGAGGUACACACUACAAUGGCGGUAACCAUGGUGUGCUACAGGAGCACCGGGGAGGGGCACCUAACCCACAUAGGAGGCUCUCCUCGGGGGAGGAGACAUCAGACCUGAGACCUGCUGGACAGCCAGCCAUCUGCAACUCUGAACUCCCUGCUGAGGAACUGGCGGGGAGACAAAGAAACGGAAAACUGGAAAGAAGUCGCCAUGCGACGUGAGCCAAGAGUUUUUGGCAGCCUGGCGGACUUAAGACCGUAAUCCUUUUCGGAAAUCAUUCUGAACGGAACUAUUAACAAUAAACAUGAAGUUAAAAGCACGAUAUAGUAGUGACCCAAAAGGAAUGUGAGUUCUUCUCCAGGACACGCAGAGAGACCCGUGGAUGAGCUGUUUCCAGAUCCUUGCUCCAGCCUUCCUGAGAGUCCUAAUGAGUAAGAGACACCUCAGCGUGGCUCAGCAAACGCGGGCCCUUCUCCGCAAGAGUUUUCUUAAAAAAUGGAGGAUGAAAAGAGAGGCCCUGUUGGAAUGGUUUUUCUCACUUCUUCUAGUACUGUUUGCAUACCUGUUUUCCUCCAGUUUACACCAAGUUAAUGACUUUCAUCAACUGCCUGCAGUGGAUCUGGGACGUGUAGAUGAUUUUAAUGAUUCUAAUUACGUUAUCGCACUUGCUCCUGAAUCCAAGACAACCCAGGAGAUAUUGAACAAAGUGGCUUCCGCGCCAUUUAUGAAAGGAAGAACUAUCAUGGGGUGGCCUGAUGAAAAAAGCAUGGAUGAGCUGGAUUUAAACUAUUCUACAGACGCAGUGAGAGUCAUCUUUAAUGAUACCUUCUUGUAUCAUUUGAAGUUCCUCUGGGGAGAUAGAAUCCCCAAGAUGAAGGAACACAGAGACCAUUCAGCUCAUUGUCAAGUAAUGGAUGAGACAAUCACGUGUGAAAGUUCAGUGUUCUGGGAGAAGGGCUUUGUAGCUUUUCAAGCCGCUAUUAAUGCUGCUAUCGUAGAAAUCGCAACAAAUCAUUCAGUGGUGGAAAAACUGAUGUCAGUUACUGGCAUAAAUAUGAAGAUAUUACCCUUUGUUGCCCAAGCAGGAGUGACAACGGAUUUUUUCAUUUUCUUCUGCAUUAUUUCUUUUUCUGCAUUUAUAUAUUAUUUAUCAGUCAAUGUUACACUAGAAAGACGAUACAUGAAGUCACUGAUGACGAUGAUGGGGCUUCAAGAGUCGGCAUUCUGGCUCUCCUGGGGUUUGAUGUACUCUGGCUUCACCUUCAUUACGGCCACUUUGAUGGCUCUGAUUGUAAAAUCCGCCCCAGUUGUCAUCCUAACUGGCUUCAUGGUGGUCUGCACCCUCUUCCUCCUCUAUGGCAUGUCUUUGAUAACGUUAGCUUUCCUGAUGAGGGUGUUGGUGAAGAAACCUUCCCUUACUGGGCUGGCUGUCUUUCUUCUUACUGUCUUUUGGGGGAGUCUGGGAUUCACUGCUCUGUACAGACACCUUCCUGCAUUUUUGGAAUGGACCUUAUGUCUUCUUAGCCCUUUUGCUUUCACUGCUGGAAUGGCCCAGCUUACACAUUUGGACUAUGAUAGGAACUCUAACAUCCCUCUGGAUUCUUCAAACAACCAGUACCUAAUAAUAGCAACUCUUUUCAUGCUGGUUUUUGAUGCUUUUCUCUAUUUGGUAUUGACAUUAUAUUUUGACAAAAUUUUGCCCAGAAAGUAGUAACAUGAUUCUGAAUAUGGACGUCGACAUUCGCCUUGGUUUUUCCUGAAAUCCUCUUUCUGGUUUCAACACCAAAGGGCUGAUCACGCGGCCCUUGAGAAUGAGACAGAUUUAGAUUCUUCAACUAGCGACCCCUUUGAACCAGUGUCUCCAGAAUUCCAUGGGAAAGAAGCCGUUAGAAUAAGAAAUCUUAGGAAAGAAUAUGGAAGAGGAAAGCAUGCAAAAGUAGAAGCUUUGAAAGGUCUGGUAUUUGACAUAUAUGAAGGCCAGAUCACUGCCCUCCUUGGUCACGGUGGAGCUGGGAAAACCACCCUGUUAAAUGCGCUCAGUGGACUGUCGGCCCCAACAUCGGGUUCGGUCACCGUCUAUAAUCACUCACUUUCAGAAACGGCCGACCCAGGAACGAUCAGCAGGCUCACUGGAGCUUGUCCACAACCCAGCGUGCAGUUUGGCUUUCUCACCGCGAGAGAAAACCUCAGGCUCUUUGCCCAAGUGAAAGGGAUUCAUCCACAUGAAGUGGCGCAAGAGGUUCAACGAGUUUUACGGGACUUAGAGAUGGAAAAUAUUCAAGACAUUCUGGCUCAACAUUUAAGCGGUGGACAAAAAAGAAAACUAACUUUGGGGAUUGCAUUUUUAGGAGAUCCUCAGGUUUUGCUUUUGGACGAACCAACUGCUGGAUCAGAUCCUCUUUCAAGAUACCACGUGUGGAACCUCCUGAAAGAGAGGAAAUCAGACAGAGUAAUUCUCUUCAGUACCCAGUUCAUGGAUGAGGCUGACAACCUGGCUGAUAGGAAGGUGUUUAUAUCCAGUGGAAGGCUGAAGUGUGCAGGUUCUUCUCUAUUCCUGAAGAAGAAAUGGGGCAUCGGCUACCAUUUAAGUUUGCAUCUGAAUGAAAUGUGCGACCCAGACGGUAUAACAUCGCUUGUUAAACAGCACAUCCCUGAUGCCAAAUUAGCAGCACAAAGUGAAGAAAAGCUGGUAUAUAUUUUGCCUUUGGAAAGGACAAGCAAAUUUCCAGACCUCUACAGGGAUCUUGAUAGACGUUCAAACCAGGGCAUUGAGAAUUACGGUGUUUCCGUGACAACACUGAAUGAAGUGUUCUUGAAAUUAGAAGGAAAAUCAGGCGUCGAUGAACCAGAUAUUGGAAUUUGGGGACAGUUACAAAGUGAUAGGACAAACGACACAGGAAGCCUUGUUGAGCUGGAACAAGUUUUGUCUUCCUUGAAUGAAACAAAGAGUGCAGUCAGCGGCAUGGCUCUCUGGAGGCAGCAGCUCUGGGCAAUGGCAAAAGUUCGCUUCCUGAAAUUAAAGAAAGAAAGAAGAACUCUGUUGACCAUAUUGUUGCUUUUUGGCAUUAGCUUUUGCCCUCAGCUUUUGGAACGUCUAUUCUAUGAGUUACAUCAAAAAAGUUGUUCUUGGGGACUGUCUCCUAACAUGUACUUCCUCUCGCCAGAGCAACCACCUCAGGCACCUCUGACCCACUUACUGGUCAUCAGUAAAACAGGGUCAAGCAUCGAUGACUUCAUACAUUCCCUGAGGCAACAGAACAUAGCUUUGGAAGUGGACGCCUUUGGAACUAGAAGCGGCCCAGACGAGCCAUCAUACAAUGGUGCUAUCACUGUGUCGGGUGAUGACAGGGAUCACAGAUUUUCCAUAGCGUGUAACACCAAAAGGCUGAACUGCUUUCCUGUCCUCUUGGACAUUAUUAGCAAUGGGCUACUUGGAAUUUUUAAUUCUUCAGAACACAUUGAGACUGACAGAAGCAAUUUUGAAGAGCACACGUCCUACGAGUCCGGUUACCCGAGCAGCACCGCCUUCUGGAUCCCGCUGACAGCUUUCACCCCUUACAUUGCCAUGAGCAGUGUCGGCGACUAUAAAAAAAAAGCUCACUCCCAGCUACGGAUUUCAGGCCUCUGCCCUUCCGUGUACUGGUUUGGGCAGGCGCUGGUGGAUGUCCCACUGUUCUUCUUGAUCCUCCUCCUGAUGCAGAUCGUGGAUUCCAUUUUUAGCCCAGAGGAGGUUCUGUUUAUAAUUCAAAGCCUAUUAGUUCAGAUCCUGUGUAGUAUUGGAUACGUCUCAUCUCUUAUUUUCUUGACAUACGUGAUUUCAUUCAUUUUUUGCAGUGGGAGAAAAAACAGUGGCAUUUGGUCCUUUUUCUUCUUAAUUAUUACCAUCUUCUCCAUGGUUGCUUCCAAACUAAAUGAAUAUGGAUUUCUAGGGCUGCUUCUCUGUACCAUGUUAAUACCAACCUUCACGUUGAUUGGUUCCCUGUUUAUUUUUUCUGAGAUUUCUCCUGACUCUGUGGAUUAUUUGGGAGCUUCAGAACAGCAGAUUGUAUUUCUGGCAUUGCUAAUACCUUACCUUCACUUUUUCACUUUCCUCGUUGUUCUACGAUGUCUGGAAAUGAACUUUAGGAGGAAACUAAUGAGAAAGGAUCCUGUGUUCAGAAUUUCACCGAGAAGCAGCAGUGUUCUUCCAAACCCAGAAAAACCUGAAGGAGAGGAUGACGAUGUUCAGAUGGAAAGAAUGAGAACAGCAAACGCUGUGACUGCCCCGGACUCGGACGAGAACCCAGUCAUCAUUGCCAGCUGUCUGCGGAAGGAAUACACAGGCAGAAGGAAAACCUGCUUUGCCAAGAGGAAGAAAAAAGUAGCCACAAGAAACAUCUCUUUCUGUGUAAAGGAAGGUUGGAAACGGUAGCUCUUAGGACACAAUGGAGCAGGUAAAAGUACAACUAUCAAGAUGAUAACCGGAGACACAAAACCAACCGCAGGGCAGGUGCUACUGAAAGGGCGCGGCGGAGGGGACGCCCUGGGGUUCCUGGGCUACUGUCCCCAGGAGAACGCGCGGUGGCCCAGCCUGACGGUGCAGGAGCACCUGGAGGUGUUCGCCGCUGUGAAAGGGCUGAGGAAGGCAGACGCCGCGGCUGCCAUCACACGGUUGGUGGAUGUGCUCAAGCUGCAGGAGCAGCUGAAGCUCCCCAUGAAGGCUUUAUCCGAGGGAGUAAAGCGAAAGCUGUGCUUCGCGCUGAGCCUCCUGGGAAACCCGUCGGUGGUGCUUCUAGACGAGCCGUCCACGGGGAUGGACCCCGAGGGGCAGCUGCAGAUGUGGCAGGCGACCCAGGCCACCAUUAGGAACACAGAGAGGGGCGCCCUCCUGACCACCCAUUACAUGGCAGAGGCCGAGGCCGUGUGUGACCGCGUGGCCAUCAUGGUGUCCGGAAGGCUGAGAUGUGUCGGCUCCAUCCAACAUCUGAAGAGCAAAUUUGGCAAAGAUUAUCUGCUAGAGAUGAAGGUGAAGACCCUGGCCCGGGUGGAGUCUCUGCACGGCGAAAUUCUGAGGGUUUUCCCCCACGCUGCUCGGCAGGAGAGGUUCUCCUCCCUCAUGGUCUACAGGCUGCCUGUCGAGGAUGUGAGACCGUUAUCGCAGGCUUUCUUCAAAUUAGAAGCAGUGAAGCGGAGCUUCGACCUGGAGGAGUACAGCCUCUCGCAGUCCACCCUGGAGCAGGUGUUUCUGGAGCUCUCCAAGGAGCAGGAGUUGGACGGUUUUGAUGAGGAAGUUGAUCUCUCAAUAGAGUGGAAGCUCCUGCAGGGAGAGCCCUAAAGCCCAAAUACUCGAUCUUUAAGAUAGUAUUUUAUGGCAUUAAUAUAUCUUAUCUCAGAUGUGGCUUCAAAAUGCUUUAGAAACUCAUGCCAUCGUUCUUCUCAAUAAUACUCCAUAUAGUGGGACUAAAGAACAAGGCCCGUGAGGGCGGUGACGCUCAGCCGGCCGUGCAGCCCCCCAGCAGCCGCCGAACCCCGUGUUUCACACGGCAGCAAAUUUUAAAACGCAUUGAUUAUGGAACUGUUUAUGCUUCUGAGGAUGAUACAGAGAUUGUUUCAUUUUCUUUCUCUGAACUUCAAAAUAUUAACUAUUUUCUCGUCUUUCUGAGCAGGUACGUACGCAGUGAGACAAUGCCGAUGGUUGUAGGGGAAGGGGAGUCAAAUGAUUAAUUAUAGCAGCGCGGUGUUGCUUUUCGUGAUUCACUUCUUUAUCACCUGAUCUUAAUUUACUGAUUUUUUUCCUUUUCUGUCACUUUUCAAAUUUUGGGUUGUAGAGUCCAUGUUCUGUCUGUUGUGACGAUGCAGGAGGUUUGAAACCUGUUAAAGUCAUUGUAGUAAGAUUUGAAUGAUCAAGCUGGUACAAGUUUUAAACUACGUAUAGUACAUACAAUUUCAAAAUUUAUUUUAUGUUUUCUUAUAAUGCAAAGGUCUACCCUUAUACAAAGCACUAAAACUUCAUAGAUGUUACUUUCCUGUAUCUGUAUAUGUUAUGACCUACCCAACCAGUGAUCUUAUAAACACUUUAAAGUCAGUGCACUAUUCUUGUACAUUCUUAUUUAGGUGAGCUUUUAAUGUUGUCGUUGCUACUGUUAUUGUUGCUAGCUGUCACGCACUGAAUUGUGUUCCCCACAAAUUCAUGCACUGAAACCCUCAUCUCCAGCGUGGCUGUAUUUGGAGGUAGGGCCUUUAAGGAGGUAAUAAGUUUGAAUGGGGUCAUAAGAUGGGGCUUAAUCUGAUAGCACUUGUGUCUUUACAAGAAGAGGAAGAGACACCUCAUCUCUCUGCACACUCACAGGGAAAAGGUCAUGUUGAGAGCACAUCGAGAAGGUGGCUGUCUGAAAGCCAGGAAGAGAGACCUCACCAGCAGCUAAAUUUCCUGGCACCACGAUCAUGGACUGUUAGCCUCCAGAACUGUGAGAAAAUAAAUUUCUGUAGUU